AUGGCCAACAUUCGCACUUUCUUUUCUACCGUCGCCACCUUCUUUGGUGCUGUCUGGGCAUCUUUCAUCUGCUUGUUCGCCUUCGGGAGGAAAGCUGAUUCCAAAGCAUGCGACAUCGAAGCCGGUCUCCCGGACUCGACCAAGCAUGAAAAAGAACUCAGCACAGUCCGAAGUGUCAACCAAGAUGUCGAGUCCGGUAACGGGCUCCGCGCCUCCAGCACCAACGAAUUUGUCGAUAUCGAUUUGAACGCGAUUAAUCAGGCCAUGAAGAUGUCUGAAAAGAGGAUUCAUUCCAAAUUUUUUGAAAAACAAUCCAACGAUGCAAGAUAUGACCAACCCACCCGUCGUCCCAGCUCCCGUAUGUCGGCCGUCGACCCUGUCAAAUCCAGAAUCCUCGAUACCACCUUGAAGAAUGUUCAGGAUAGGACUAUGAAUGUCGUCAAGCCAGUCAUCAUUACACCUGGAACGUUGAAGGUUGUCGCAUGCACUGCGAAAGUCGAAUAUUACCAUGGCCCUAUUAUCGAACCUUCCAGUGCCAAGAUCGAGUACUUCGACAACCAUACCCCGUCUUCGGCUAAAGUCGAAUAUUACCAAGGCCCAGUCAUUGAACCUUCAAGCGCUCAGGUCGAAUUCUUCGACGGUCAUAUUGCGUCCACCGCCAAAAUCGAAUAUUAUCACGGCCAUAUCUCUGAAGGUUUAAGCGCCAAAAUCGAACAUUACGACGCUCAUGUUCCAUCUACUGCUAAGGUCGAAUAUCUCGAGGGACCUACGCUUGGAGACAGUAUCGAUCAGGUCGUCACAGCAAUUCCAGGUUCUCCUGCGGAAGCUUUCGGUACACUUCACGAUCAAAGCGAGAGUAGCCAUGAGACUACCGCCGUCGAUGAUCUCGCACACAAACCGUUCUUGUUCAGUGUAAAAGAUGUGGAUGCCAUGGACGUCAGUUCGCCUGGCAUUUGGCCAGAACAUUACAAGACUAUGUUCAAGGACAAUAGACGCGAGCCUGAAUAUGAGGUAUCCUUUACUCAGCUUCCCGAGAAGAAGAGUCGCAGGGUUAAAGAAAAGCGGGCCAGGCAGCGAGAGUCCCUUUUCGAUAUCAUCGCGCAGUUCCCCGAUAUCCCUCGUCAUACACCUCCAGGCCCAAAGUUCUCCGUUGCGCGCCACGAAAUCAUUGAAGAAGUCCCCACCCGCUCUUCUGAGGAUUUACAAAUCCCUCAAUCCCCUGCCAGCGAAAGUUCUACUUCGAGCGCUGGAGCAUACUAUGGAUCAGGCUCAGACGAUACUGCUCAGACUUCCGUUCCCAGUUCUCCUGAACUCGUUGGCGCCCUGUUUGGCGCCCAAGGAGGAGACAAUUCCACCGGGGCUGCUCCAUUGUGGGAGGCUGACAUUAAUCCUUCUGGUGGCAAGUUCUCGGGAAACGUGCAUUGUCAGGGAGCCAUUUCCACCCAGGGCUCAAUCUCUGGAUCUCUCAGCAACUCUGGAACCAACCCUCGCAUUCAUUCCAACCAACACAGCUAUGACAUAAACGAAUUCCAGUUCCCCGACGUCCGCAAAUAUCCGAUUAGGCCUGAGGAAGAAUCUACCGCAGACCAGUUCAUCAUCGACACCCAGCAGGCGGCGGCUUAUGCUAUCCUCACAGCAGCUGAAGCCUACUCGGACGUGAGCGUGGAAUCUCUUUUGGGGCAAUUACAGGAGUCCUCUUUCGACUCAACGUAUAUUCGCCCACAGUCUGUGGUCUGGUUUAGAGACCGGAGCCUCAGGCAAGCACCAGUCCCAGAGGUCACCCCAUCCACCUCGGCAACCCAAGACGCGUCCACAACGUCUUCAGACACUUCGGGGCUCACGCCGGCUUCAGGACCCGGCGAAUCCUCUCAAGACUCCGUCGCACCUCUGCGCAUCGUGAAGAAGAGCCGGAUUCCCGCCUAUGAGAUAUUCGCGGAGGCCGUCGACACCGGGGACUCGCCGUCUGAGUCGACCAAAACCGAGGCUGACAGCUCACCCUCAGUCGAGCAAGACGAGGUCCUGCUCCAGGAAUACGAACGAUGGGAAGAGUCUAGGCAGGCGGGUCUCAAGGCGUUUCGCGAGGCCGUAGUCGGCGACGACGACUUUUACGGCCUUUUCUACCGGGACUUUGGUUGCGCUUCGCAGCCGUCUUUGGCUAUCGACAUUCAACAUAGCCUUGACGACUUCUCACCCGCCUCGCCCAGUGAUUCCGGCGACUCGGACGUGGUCUGCCCCAGCGACUCUCACGUUGCGGACUACCUGCGGAGCGAGGAGUCGAUGGAGGAGUUCAGCUCGUGCUACGACGAUCUCUCUGAGCUGACGGGAGUGACGACGCCCGAGAACAACACGACAGGGUCGCUAUCUGUCGUUUUCGACUGCAAGGAGCUCAGUCAGGAGAAUGCCAACGCAUCCUCCGACUCUCUCUCCUUCUACGGAGACGAGGACGAGCAACCGCCUGCUUGGGACCCUACCUCUGACUCCAACAUUGAUAGGGUUGCCAGCCCAAGCGACGGCGCCGAAUCGUCCUUCGAGCUUGAGGCGCUCUGA